AGUAACAAAAUGAGGACUUCUGAUGGUCGCAUGUGACGAUACACGACCCGACGAGUGAUUGCACAUAUUCCUUAACCAUGGAUCUCAGCGAGGAAGAGUCAACUCCUCUGGUGAUCAGAGACCGCGGAGGCAGCCAGAGGUCCAGUUCAAGCAAUGUUCAUAAUUUACAAGUCAACUUCUUCCCUGUCAGAAAGGAAGCAACAACAUUACAGAUCACAUCUGGACAAAUAUCUGCUGAAAAUGUCUGCAUCCAAGCAGGGAAGAAAUGUGGAAUCUUGCCGGUAUACCUAAGUCUAUUUGGUUUGGCAUCUGAAGACCUCUCAUUUUGGUAUCCUCCUUCUCACAUGUUUGACACUGAUGAAAACUUAAAAGUCCAUUUCAGAGUCAGGUUCUUCUUUGGAAAUUGGUUUGGGCAAGAACCAAGAUCUUCAUACCGCUACAGUUUGACUAGAGACAGAAUCAGUCCAGUACUCGACUACAGUGUCAUUGACUAUCUUUUUGCCCAGCUUCGAAAUGACUUCAUUGAAAGUAAGGCAGGCAUAGCCCCACCAUUGACUCUUCAGGAGGAAUGCCUUGGCCUUGCAGUGCUCGACUUGUGGAGAAUGGCCAAGGAGCGCAACCAGAGUGUUAGAGAGCUCUGCAAGACUGUCAGCUACAAAUCCUGCCUUCCCAUGUCACAUCGCCAUGACAUCCAGAAACGAAACCGGCUGGACCGCUACCGAAUUAGAAAUACCCUCAAGCGUUUCUUAAAGAAGCUCGGCAACUGCUCCGUAGAUGAGUGCACCCUGAAACUCAAGUACCUGAUUGAGCUGUCUGGCAUUGAGCCUUCUGUUGGAACGGAAACCUUCCAAGUGAAUUAUUCUUCCUCCCAUCCAACGUCAGACUUCUCUCUUGUGCGGGUCACAGGGGAAACAGGAAUCCAAACCGCUGGAAGUAUCAAUAACAGCCAGGUUUUGUCAAGAGUUGAGUGGCAGACCUUCUGUGAUUUCCAAGAAAUCAUUGACAUCAGUAUACAGCGGGUAUGCCAUGAGCAGGUUCCCCAAGACAGCAGGAUGGUGACUAUAACACGAAAGGAUGACAGCUGCUUGGAAGUCAAGUUCCAGAGUCUCAAAAAGGCACUUUCGUUUGUGUCACUUGUUGAUGGCUACUUCAGACUGACCACAGACUCAAGCCACUUCUUCUGCCAAGACAUUGCUCCGCCAAGUAUCCUGGAGGGAAUUAAAAACCAUUGUCAUGGCCCAAUAACAUCAGAGUUUGCAGUCAACAAAUUGAAAAAGUCAGGAUACAAAGGUGGUACCUUCCUUCUGCGGCAGAGUCCGAAGAACUAUGACAACUUUUUCCUCACUGUUUGUGUUCAGACUCCACUUGGACUUGAUUAUAAAGACUGUCUCAUUAAUAAAAAUGAGCACUACAGUCUCUUUGGUGUCCAGAAAUCAUUUUCCAGCUUGAGAGAGCUUACCAGCCACUAUCAACACAAUAAGCUCCUGCUGGCUGAAGUACCUGUCAAGUUAACCUGCUGCUGUCCACCCCGACCCAAAGAGCUCACAAAUUUGAUCAUCAUACGCAACUGCAGCUCUGUAGAAGCUCCAGGCUCUCCAACAACCGAAAGAAACAAAUUCAGUCACAUCCAGUUUCAUAUGAUCAAAUAUGAGGACCUGAGCUGCGACGAAAGCCUCGGAAAGGGCUCUUUCACUCGAAUCUUUAAAGGCAAAAAAAUCGACAUUCAUGACGGGGAGAAACGUGUGACCGAAGUUCUGCUGAAAGAGCUCGAUGCGACUCACAAGAACUGCUGGGAGUCAUUCUUUGAAGCUGCCAGCCUGAUGAGUCAGAUUGCACACAGACACCUGCUCCUUGUAUACGGUGUUAGUGUUCACGGAGCAAAGAACAUCAUGGUGCAGGAGUAUGUCAAGUACGGGGCCCUUGACCUUUACUUGAAAAGGGGGAGAUCUGUAUCAGUGAGCUGGAAACUUGACGUAGCCAAACAGCUCGCAUCAGCCCUCAACUUCCUGGAAGAGAAGAACAUUAUUCAUGGAAAUAUCUGUGCCAAAAAUCUGCUGCUGGCCAGAGAAGGUGACCCCUCUCAGGGGAGCUCUCCUUUCAUUAAGCUGAGUGAUCCGGGCAUCAGUAUGGCCAUGGUGGGCAAAGAUGUCAUUCUGGACAGGAUCCCCUGGGUGGCCCCCGAGGUGUUGGACGCUCCAGAAAAACUGACCCUCGAGUGUGAUAAAUGGAGCUUUGGCGCCACAGUGUGGGAAAUCUUUAACAAUGGAAACUCCCUGCUACGAGGCUGGAACCUAGAUCAGAAGAAGCAGUUUUAUGAGAGUUUCCAGCAGCUGCCUCCCUCUCAGUGGACAGAGCUAGCAGAUCUGAUCAGUCAGUGUAUGGACUACCAGGCAGACUUCAGACCUUCAUGUCGCAGUAUUAUCCGUCAACUCAACAGUCUCAUCACUUCAGACUAUGUGAUACUUCACGCUACCGAACCUGUCACACAGAGCCCCGUGUGCAGAUCUUACAGCCACCCUCAGCACGACCAGACAUUGUUUGAGGAGAGAUACUUGCGCUACAUCUCCCCUCUGGGAAAAGGGAACUUUGGCAGCGUGGAGCUUUGCCGUUAUGACCCGCUGGGUGAUAACACUGGUGAGCUGGUGGCUGUGAAGAAGCUGCAGUCCAACAAGCAGUCAAACCUGGAGGACUUCCAAAAGGAGGUCAACACCCUCCACGUCUUACACUGCGACUACAUCGUCAAAUACAAGGGAGUCUGCUACAGCAUGGGUCGCCUCAGCAUGAGUCUAGUGAUGGAGUACCUGCCCUAUGGCAGCCUUAUUGGCUACUUAGAGAAGAACAAACACAACGUCAACACCAGGCGGAUGUUACUAUUUGCUUCUCAGAUUUGUAAGGGAAUGGAGUACCUGCAGAGCCUGCGUUAUGUGCACCGAGACCUUGCAGCCCGAAAUAUCCUUGUAGCCAGUGAGACGCUGGUAAAAAUCGCUGAUUUUGGGCUGACCAAGGUCAUUCCACAUAAUAAGGACUACUACCGUGUCACCCAACCAGGAGAGAGCCCCAUCUUCUGGUAUGCCCCAGAGUCCAUCACUGAGUCCAGAUUCUCCCAAAAAUCAGAUGUCUGGAGUUUCGGGGUUGUUCUUCAUGAAAUCUUCUCUUACUGUGAUAUAAGUUUCAAUCCAAAAAGACUUUAUAUGCAGGAGAUUGGGCACAACGUGCUGGGUACAUCCAUUUCAGUGCAUCUGGCAAAUCUACUGAAAGGUAACUGGAGGUUACCACCACCUUUAAACUGCCCGCCCAAGGUGUACCUUUUGAUGAGGCAGUGCUGGGCACAUGACUUUGAUGAGCGUCCAUGUUUCUCCAACCUUGGAAACCAAAUUGAAACUAUGAUCCAGGAUGAAAGAGAGAACUCUAAAGGCUGACAAGGAUACAAGAUACUUACUCUUUGUUCAAAAGGAAAUCAAGUUUAAAUGAGUACAUGUUCAAGCUCUCGGGAGUGAACAUCCAAUUAUGGGAGUAUGUGCAGGCUGACUUAUUUAUGAUAGAUCUCAGGGUACACUGGUUCUGAUAAGCUCUACUUAGGCUCUUUUAAGUUGAUAUCACAGCAAAGCCUAGGUUAUUAUAUUUUUAUAUUUUAUAUUUUUUCAGCAGCUUGAGCAAGAACAGUUUUCAAUCUGAACUUUUUGCAGAGAUUUAAUGGUUGGUAGAGAC